GAUUUGUCUUCCCUUUUGCCCUUCCUCCAGCCGAUAGCUCUCUGUAGAUCCCAGCACCUGCUUGUUGUCCCUGUCGUUUAUCCUCUCGUAGGCCUUCCAGACAUGGAUGAUUUUGACAUGCUGAACGCACCCGCCGCUGGGAACGGAGUCGGUUCGGAGGAGGACCCGGCCGCCGCUUUCCUGGCCCAGCAGGAGAGCGAAAUCGCCGGGAUCGAGAAUGACGAGGGCUUCAGCAUCCUGGACGGCGGAGAGGUUCCUUCGUCGCUUAGAGACUCUAACGAUGGCGCCAUUAAUGGAGAGUUUCAUGGGGAAAGCAACGGGCCAUCGGAUGCCUACGCAGCAAUUUCCAACGCUGAUCGGCUGCAGGCUGAACCCGAAAGUCUGCGCAAGUGGAGGGAGGAACAAAGAGAGAGGCUGGAGGUGCUAGAUGCUAAUUCUCGCAAGCAGGAGUCUGAGUGGAAGGACAAGGCCAAGUUGGAGCUGGAGGAGUGGCAUGCGAGGCAGAAUGAGCAGCUGGAGAAAACUAAAACCAAUAACAGAGUGCUGGACGAAGACUUCUACAAGCAGCCCUUCUCUGACCUCAUUGGUUAUGUCACACACAUUAACCAUCCUUGCUACCGUCUAGACCAGGCGGCUGAGGAAGCCAUGAUUUCAGAUCUGGACGAGAACAACCCUGGCACAGAGUGGGAGCGGGUGGCUCGGCUCUGCGACUUCAACCCCAAGUCUAGCAAGCAGGCCAAAGAUGUGUCCCGCAUGCGCUCCGUCCUCAUCUCCUUAAAGCAGUCCCCGCUGGUCCGUUAGAGACCAGUGAGCUCUUGUGAAGUCAUUCCAUGUCACUUUUUUUUUCACCUUUUCCUCCCCUUGAAUUCUUUUUUCCACCUCGCACACCAACAAAGAAUCUGCUGAAUCCACAUCAGCCCAGUUUUUCUCCUUCCUGCAGACCAGUAGAGAUUAUCCUUUCUCCUGCCUGAUAGAUUAUUUUCUCUUAAAACCUCAGACUAGUCAGGACCUCCUGUAUUGUGGCGCAUGUAAAAGUCUUGUUAUAUGUGACCAAAUUGUUUGGUCUGUGAUCCUUCGAUAAACUGUAAGGGUGGUGAGUUGGGACACUAAAAGGGAAAGAUUGAUGUUUGUGUGUUCAGGCUUACAGCUACACUACCCCCUCCACCUCCUCCAAACAGUAUCACAAUGCUGUUGUAUUACCUUAACAUUUCAGUCCAGUGAAUCCUGCUGUUUCAUUCAACAUUUCCUUCAACAUAUCACUUUAUAUUCUCCUCUAACCUAAUUAUCAGCGUGCAUUUUCUAUUUUCUUUUGAUGGACCAAACAAAACUCCAAAUCCAGUGUGUACUUUAAUCUGUGUGUUUAGUGCCCUGUUAUUGCAUAUUGUGUUCUAAUUUCCAUUCUAUGCAUUUUUUUUCCGGGGAAGGUCCCCCCAGUUAGCCCUCCCCCUGUCCAGUCAGAACUAAGCAACGUCCAAAUCAUUACAAAAUAUAUGCGACCUGUGUGUAUGUGUAUUGCAACCCAAACAGUGUGUUUAUGUACUUUACAAGUGUACCUAUGUACAUAUACAGAAGGCGAUAUAAACAGUAUAUUAAAAAAAAAAUGAAUGUUUCUGAAAUUAGACAGUUGUGGUUUUGAAUACCAGAUACUAUCCUGUUAUUCCUUGACCAUGUAUAUUCAUUGUCCAUUUGAUUUCAAUAUCAGUAAAAAACAA